AUAGAAUAGAAAGUAGCAGCAAAGUAAAUGAAUGCAAGUGUACAAUGUCAACGGUGGGAGUAGCACGUGAGUUACAAUGUUCCAUCACACACGCUCCAGUUUUCCUCUUCAGGUAAGGAAAAGAAAAUGAAGUUCGUUCCUUAUAUGCUUCAGUUCACAAUUUUGUCAUACACCUUAGAGACGUAUCCAAAUUAGUCAAUCUCUCUCUCUCUCUAAUAUCAUACAUACACAUGGAUCUGAAAACUCCUCCAAAAUCUUUGGUUAAAAAAAUAAAAAAUAAAUAAAUAACUUCUUUUCCUUCUCUUCCUUCUCUUCCUCCUCCAAAGUCGCCCUUAUGAUCAUAACCAAUCCAAAUCAUCAUCAUCAACAAACCCAUAAAAAUCCCAUCUCCAUAUUACAAUAUAUAAAUCUUAUCCAUUUCUCUUCCUCAUCAUUUCUUAUUUCUCAUGGCUACUACCACCACCAUCACUGCAUCCAAUAAUAUUAUCAACAAGCCUCCGAAGCCUAUCACCACCACCAAGUUGGCUUGCUUCUCCUUCGCCGCUUAUGCCAAAACCCUCAUCGACCACCUCAAGUCCUCCGGCAUCCACGUCCUUGACGGUCUCGCCGACGUCGAAUUCUCCUCCAUCGAGUCCACCUUCAACUUCUCUUUCCCUCCCGACCUCCGAUCAAUUCUCCGGGAAGGUCUUCCCGUCGGUCCUGGAUUCCCCAAUUGGCGAUCCUCUUCCCUCCAACAGCUCCACAUUCUCACUAACCUCCCGAUUCUUGGCCUCCUCAAGCAAGUCACCGAAAGAACCUUCUGGUGCCGCUCAUGGGGGAUCCGACCCGAUGAUGACAACCUGGCCUUGGACGUCGCGAAGCGGUUCUUGAAUAGAGCCCCUAUUCUCGUUCCCAUAUACAGGAACUGUUACAUUCCUUCUUCUCCGAACAUGGCGGGAAAUCCGAUUCUCUUCGUCGAUGCCAAAAAUGUCAGUGUUUUGAGCUGCGAUAUCGCUGGAUUUUUCCAAGAAUUUGAAUUCUUGCAUGGCGGUGGUGUUUGUUCGGGUUCGUCGAAGAGGCUGACCGUUAAUCUUCCGGCAUGGGCGGCUAAGGUGGCGAGGACGAUUGAAUUCUGGACGGAGGCUGCGGAGAGGUCGAGCCGUGAGGUGCCGGAGCGUGGGAACACGCGCGGCCGAUGGUGGAGUAGCGGGGAAUUGGACGGGUGUUUGGAGGAGGUGUUUUGGGUGCUGAGGGAAGGAGGGUGGACGGAAGAGGAGGUGAGGGAGAUGAUGAUGAUGGACGACUGUGAUGAACCGGAAGGUAGAGGGGAGAGUAGGACCACCACCGCAGCAGUGAUCGGUGACAAGGAGAGUAUGGUUUGGCACGUGAGGUUGAUGUCUCUGGUCUUGUUGCGUGCGGGUUGGACCAGAGAAGAUGUGGUGUACUCGCUUGAUCUGCACGAUGAUGGUGAUGAGAUCGACGUUCUUGAUGGGAAAUCUUGUUUGGAAUUGCCACGGCCCGAUAGAUAUUUCAAGAUCAACGAUCAUAAAAAGACCAUUAUGAAGCAAUUGAAGCACCCGAAGUCUCUUGCAGUCUGAUUCCCGUAUGGGCCCCACGUUGUUUUGAUCUUGAAUAUUUCUAGACUUGGUUGACCGUAGAAUUGAUACACUGCCAGUUGGUGAUCACGGUAUUUAGAAUUCUUAUAUGUUGACUUUUCUUUUCUAUUUUUUUUUUUUUAACCUUUUAGGAUAGAAGAUAAAAUUCACAUUUAAUUAAAAUGUAAAUAAUUUUGAUACAAAAAUAAUGCAUGGUUAUGUAUCUUAUGAAUUGUAUUGUAUAAACGUUCUGAUUCUAUUUAAUUUAUGCAACGUUAAUGAAAACUUGAGGAAAUUAUAAAUUUCUUUU